CUUACACGGUAAAAAGUAUAUCGAUUGCUACCAGCACCGAUGAAAUUCGGCGAACAAGGAAAUCGUACAAAAGUUAGUCGAAUGAGCAACCGGUUGCCGAGUCCACGAGUUUCCUAAGGUUCGUCGAUCGCGAUGUCUUCUUGCGCCAUCUGACGAACGUGUCGCGAUUGUUCUAGCUUUGAAUCCCCACUUCAAGGUAACUCCGUCCCCUCUGUUGCAGAUGGCCAGAUUAUACAAUACCGUUUGGGUCCAGUUUAAGAAAGAAGCGAGGAGGGCGUACGGAGUACAAGGAAAUAAGAAAUCUCCUUGUACUCGGAGCGUACACCGAGGAUCGCCGGAGUCCGCUUUUGGUGAACGCUCCGGCAGCCUUAUCAAUUAGCGGCAAUUAAAGGUCGCUUCGACUUCCUACGUUCGCCUGUUCUCCGUCCUUCCCGUCGUUUUAUUUCAUUCAUACUUUACCGGCGCUUAUUUUUACUUAUUGCAAUUCAACUGUUAGCUUUUUACUUUAUACAUUGUUGUUCAUUUUAUUUUUUUUUAUUUUUUAGUUACGUUUCAAUUAGUGGAACGGCAAUGAUUCGUGAAAACAUGUUAACGUCUUAUCAGAAGGCGCGAUCAAUGAAAGCGCUAUUGUCAUUAGUACCAUCAUCGUCACCAAUGAUGCGCACCACCAUACCACCACUACCAUUACCACCUCCACCACCAUCGCUACCACUACCACCACUGCCAUCGCCACCACCACCGUCGCCACUACCAUCGCUACCGCCACGGUACAAUCAUCAGCGACGACAACGUUUGGUGUCUCUUUUUAACUGUACUUCAGACUACGGGCACCCUUCGUAAGUACAAGAACGUUUCGUCUCGGUUUUAUCUACCGGUCGAUCGCCACCUGUGACCGCAAGUACACAAGCACACAAUCAAGCGCGUCGCGAGUUUAACCAGAUCCUCCGAAUUUCCGGGUUCGAACGGUUUAUCAUAAGCGUAUAUAAUCGAAAAGCUUUUUAAUUACCGCGAGGAAUUUCGCCAGAAUAUAUCGAGAUGCUAAUUUCGAGCGUUUGGUUCGAGGUAAUCGCAGCAGCACUAUUGACGACACUAAUCUUCGCGACUAGCUAUCGGCCAGUCUGGUGGUUCUGGAGCGGAGCUUCGCACAGGGCUAGCGCUCCAGCCGAAGUGACCGACCAGGACCAGAGGAAAUUUAAGACGGUCUCGGAUGUACCGGGACCGUAUUCCCUACCGAUUUUCGGAACCAGGUGGAUAUUCUCUAGCUUUGGAUCUUAUACCUUGAACAAGAUCCACGACGCUUACAAAGAUUUGAAUCAACGAUACGGAGCGUUGUGCAAAGAAGAGGCACUAUGGAACUUCCCGGUGAUCUCCGUCUUUUCCCGUCAGGAUAUCGAGGCUGUGAUCCGACGAAGCCCGAGGUAUCCGCUUCGUCCUCCUCAGGAGGUGAUAUCCCAUUAUCGUCGCAAUCGUCACGAUCGUUACACGAACCUGGGUUUGGUCAACGAACAGGGGCAAAGGUGGCACGAUCUUCGGACCGCGCUUACGUCCGAAUUGACGGGGGCCAGCACCGUCCUUGGAUACUUCCCGGCCCUCAACGUGGUCGCCGAUUCCUUCGUCGAUUUGAUCCGUCGACGAAGAACGAUGGGAUACAAAGUAACGGGUUUCGAAGAGCUCGCCUAUAAAAUGGGACUCGAGAGUACGUGUACUCUGAUCUUGGGUCGACACCUUGGAUUCCUGAAGCCGGACUCCAGCAGCGAGCUAUCGAGCAGAUUGGCGGAAGCGGUCAGGAUUCACUUCACCGCCUCCCGAGACGCUUUUUACGGUUUACCGCUUUGGAAGCUGCUGCCUACGUCCGCGUACAAACAGCUGAUAGAGAGCGAGGAUGCUAUAUACAGCAUCAUAUCCGAUAUCGUGGAAGCCACGAUAUGGGAGAAGAAAAACGAUGCCAAAGACGAAUCGGUGGAGGCGGUGUUUCAAUCCAUUUUAAGGCAGAAGAGUCUCGAUGUACGGGACAAGAAGGCAGCCAUCGUUGACUUCAUAGCUGCUGGUAUACACACGCUAGGAAAUACGCUGGUGUUCUUGUUCGAUUUGAUUGGUCGCAAUCCGAGGGUACAAGCGAAACUGUACGAAGAAAGCUACUCCUUGGCCCCUCCUGGCUGUGAUUUAACUACCGAGGAUCUGCGGAAAGCCAAGUAUCUGCGCGCCUGUAUCACCGAAUCCUUUCGAAUGAUCCCUACGACAACUUGUAUCGCUCGGAUCCUGGACGAAUCCCUCGAACUAAGCGGAUAUCGUCUCCCUGCAGGAACGGUGAUUCUUUUGCACACUUGGAUAGCAGGCUUGAGCGAGGACAAUUUUAAAGAUGCUUCAGAGUAUUUGCCGGAGAGAUGGUUAACGCCGAUCGCUCCGCAUUCACCGUUACUAGUUGCGCCUUUCGGAGCUGGGAGAAGAAUAUGCCCGGGUAAGCGGUUCGUGGAACUGGCGCUACAGCUUAUCCUUGCGAAGAUCAUACGAGAGUUCGAGAUCGUCGUGGACGAGGAGCUUGGCUUGCAGUUUGAAUUCAUUCUUGCGCCCGAGAGUCCGGUGACUCUUGGCUUCCGUGAUCGUUCUCAAAAAGCGUAACAACUCGAGAACGUAAGCGGGCAAAACAGACCAAACGCUUAAUCGAUGAAAUCUUCACAGAGGUUUCGCGCCGUUUCCACGGUUGCUCAUGUGUUAUUUCGUACGUAUACCGUUUUCCUAAGACACCUUUGAUUCGUUCAAAGCACGUAUUUCCGUUUAUUUCGUUCAGAAUAUUUAUCGUUCUAUUUAUAUUUAAUCGUGCACGCGUCGCCGUUUUGGGAUCGUUUUAUUUCUCUCACAUUUGUUGCAAAGUUUUCGCGUUUAGUUUAGGUGAAAAUAAGACGAUCCCGAAUGCGACCGUUCUCUACGUUUAUUCUGCAUCGUAUCGUUUGUCACGGUCGAAAUUAGAGAACGUCGAUCGUCGACAAAUUCUCUAUGUAAAAAGCUGUAAUUCGAUACCGAAUUCGCUUGGAAAAGGUAUAAAAUUGAAAUCGACGACAUAUAACAUUCGUGUAAAUAAAAGAGAAAAAAAAAAUAUGUAGAUAAAUCGUUUGUUAAAUGUAACGAUGAACGCGUCAAAAAGUUCAACAGACGUGAAUAUUUACAUUCUUUAAUCUCUGGUGAAAUUAAAUUACGUUUAUUUU